AUGGCCUGUACUGAAGCUGUAUCUGUUGUGCUCUCUUGGCUACGGGCUGCUUUCGGAGGUCGAAAUCAGUGUACCCUUGCCACGUCUCAGCGAACCCAACUGACCUCCGCGACUCAGCGCCCAGGGCCAAUCGUGGCUACUGAAGUGCCAGAAUAUACGUCUCCACCUACCAUGGAAGUCCCAGACAAAGAAUACGACCGUGAGAAAACGAGUGUUAUGCAGGAAUUGGAAAUAAAUGACUCACAUCAGGAGGAUCCUAGCGGAGACGGACAGGCUAGACCUUCGACUGCAUCGUCAGUAAUAGAUUUGAACGGACUUCCCGAUGAACGCCCAUGGCAACCCAGGGACUCCUUCCAAAAUUGGGUUGCGAGCACUGUCAAUAUUGCGCACCCUACAUACAGAGAGAAGUCCCAGCAAGCGAACCAUUAG